AUGAUUAGCAUUUCAGGGUUAGCAUUUCUAAGCGGAAAUGCCAUACUGUUUUUCAAUUUAUUAGAUCUAUUAUAGUCUUUGUCCUAUAUUACGUAUAUGUAAUAUUCAUUUCCACCUCAUUUAAUAUAAUAUCUGAAUACUUUUACUAAAGUGUCUUUAAAACCAAUAUUGGAUUAUUUUAGAAUAGAUGAAAUAUUGAGUUAUUUAAAUGGGGGAAGCUUACCAUUUCAAAGCAAAAAAUCAAAUUAGAAUUAAUCAAAUCCAUUAAAUUAGUUCUACUUGUUGAAUGCCAAGAGUUGUUACUUCUCUAUCUUCGCUUCAUUAAUAACAUAAUUAAUAAGUAGGUUACUCACAUCUUAGAAAAUUGAAAAGUUACAUAAUAUUUUAUUCCAAAAGUUCUAAAAAAGUCUUAGAUACCUGCGUAUUGAUAAACUAUUUUCAUAAAAGCUCUAGAAGUUUUGUUGUAAAUUCAAAAAUGAAUACUUUUCUUUUGGAAUAUUUAAAGUUUAUUUUGCUAUACUUCAUUAAUUAUUAUUUAGCACAUUGUUGCAAUUUCCUGAUUACAGCUUCAAUUCCCCUCUUAAGGCAUUUAAUAGCAUAAAUGCUAUUAUUGGGUUAGUGAUCAUUGUAUAUAUAAGUUUAUAGCUACUUUCUAUCACAUCAGCUAAUAAAAAAGAUAGAUAAAAAUGGUUAUAUUUUUAUCAAGAUUCCAAGUCUGAAUUUUGGGCUGCUAAUUACAGAUCCUUUUAGAUCUACAGAAUAAUGUUUUACAUAGUUACUAUUGUGGUAGCUCUUGACUAUCCAUAAGUAUAAUCAAUAUUACUUUCAAUGUUCUCAAUUUUUUAUUUAAGUUAUUUAUUAAAGUAUAAACCUUUAUAGUCUAUGUAUGAAUAUGCAAAAUUAAUAUCUAGAGAAUUUUUUUUUAUUAUCAUAACAGGAUCAUUUUUAAUUUAUAGUUUUGAGUUUGACUAAAAUUAGCUGUUACUUUAUGGAUGGAUUCAUAUAGCCCUUUUUCUAUCAUGUUAAUUUCUAACUUGA